AUGGCCUCCUCGGCCUCGCAAGCUUCGUCCUCCUCGGCCAAGAAGGGUAAGAUCCUGGUGCUGGGGGGGACAGGCUUCGUAGGCUCCAACGUAGCUCAGCUCGCGAUCGAGAGAGGAUACGAAGUCGUUGCCCUGAGCAGGAGAGGGGAACCCACGGGAGCAAGCAGGUCUGGCGCAGCCAGCAAGAUCGCAUGGAGGAAGGGAGACGCGACGAAGAAGGCCGACAUAGAGAAGGUGAUGGAGGAAGGAGGCUUCACCGCUGUGGUGCAUGCGAUCGGGAUGCUCUUCGAAACCGAGCUCAACAAAUACGCGUCGGGAUCAGGAUCUGUUCCUCGAGCUGGGUCGACGUACGAUGAGAUCACGAGGCAGACAGCCUUCAAUGCCAUGGAGGCCGCCGCUUCCUCUUCCUCGGCGUCCUCGGACCCGAUUCCUUUCGCGUUUGUCUCAGCAGCAGAGGUGAGAUGGACGUUCGACAAGUCGUUCGAAGGAACGCCGCUUGACUGGCUGCGACGAUACCUCAUAGCCAAGCGAGCUGUGGAGUCCGAACUCAUCGAUGUCUAUGGGGCAGGAGGAUUGCUGAAACCGAUCAUCGUCCGUCCAAGCCUCAUCUGGACUUGGGACAGGCCGGGAGCGCUCCUGCCUGUCGCUGCCUUCACCUUCGGGAAUAGGCUGGGCCUUCCUUUCGUCGACAAACCUGUUCAAGUGUCCACGCUGUCCAAGGCCAUCUUGAAGGGCCUGGAGAGCAAGAGCGAGAAAGGAGUGUACAACUUCGAGGGGAUGGAGCGACUAGCCAAGGAGUUCUAG